AUGGUAGCUGAAUUCGGAAUAGCACCCAUUAUAGAAGCAGGGAUCAUCCGAUAUACGUCCUAUAACAUAGCUGGUGAUUUUGAACAACCGUCCGUCUACCGAGGACGGCCUACCAACACAACAGAGGCAGAAUGGAAAAAAUUGUUCAUAGCACCGGGCAUCAAUAUCCCAGAGACGAAACUCCCGUUGCUGAAUAAGUCUUCCACCGUGAACUGGCUCCGAACUCCCGAGGAUAAAGGCGACGGUUACAUAGGGUACCUGGAAGUGUUUCACCAGCUGCACUGCUUGCACAUGGUCCGACUAAAGAUCUAUCAGAAGGAAUACGAGGAAGAAUUCGGGUAUCCAGCGGCCCAGUUUGAGCCGGAGCACGCUAAUAUUACAGCCACGCAUAUCGACCAUUGCCUCGAGACGCUGCGGUUAAACAUGAUGUGCACGGCUGAUGUUACACCGGUAAUGAUCGUGGCAGAUGAUACAGCGCCUCUGGGUCGCUAUGUCGAUUUCAAUACCAUGCACAAAUGUCGGAAUUUUUGGGACAUCCGGGCGUGGGUUGACCAGAAUAAAGUAAUGGACUGA